AUGGCUACACUCGAGAAUACGAUGCGAAAGCGCGACAGAGCGCUUUCUCGGCAGCAAAACUUCAAAUGGCCAACCCAUGAUCGGCGGUUCGUAGAUCUCCGAUUUCUUGAAACCAGAGCAGCUAUAUUGCUGAAGGAGCCAGAUAUCCUUGAGGAAGUUUUCGUAGAUUUCGAGAGUUCCAUACCAUCCUGGGACAUCUACGUUGUGCGCAAGUUCUUCCGGACCUAUGCAAGAAACGUUACAGGGACGCAACAACAACAGGCCCGGGCCAAGCUCGAUGCUCGUGGUCUUGUACGAGGAACAAAGCGCAGAUGUCCUGAGUGGCUAACGCCAUCUGAUCUAUAUCGGUAUCUGAACGAGAAGCGAUUUGAGCAUGAGAGGCCAGUUAUAGGUCCGUUAGAAGAUGAGUCCGAGGGUUGGCUUGAAGCACCAGCCGCAGGUCAAUCUAGAGAUCAGUCCGAGGAACAGUCUGGAGUCCAAUCGAAAGCACUUAAAUUCUUGGAUGUUGAUCGCCAGAUAGUAUACAUUUACCGUCUCUGCCCCCAAUAUAUCUUGGCUCUCCUUCAAACAGCGUACUAUCAUCAGCAGGCGGCACUUCGAGAAGCCAUAUGGAAGCACAUCGCUGGUGAGGCUUUGGUGCGCGUGCAGGCUCCUAUUGACAAUUUCACCACUUUCCAUUUGGAGUUCCAUAUGCCCUUCCUUACCUUACGAGAAUGCAUACUCCGAGGUCGAACCUCAGACGGGAGUCCUGAUGAUGCGUGGCCGGAGAUGGCGUCAUUAAAUAUUGAGUGCCAUGAGCACAUGAGGACUUGUAAGUAUGUGAUCCGGGAAGCGCACGUAUCUGUGGUGAUAUGCGGUUGGAGCCAUUCGAAGUGGGUGUGUUGGGGGUUUUCUAACACUCAUCUGGACCCCACCACACGGAACGAGGAGCCCUCGGAAGAAUUUGAUAUAUAUCAGGAAGACUAUGUGUCUACCGAUGGCGAAGGGCCCGCAGAUGGUCGAACCAUCAAUUUGGAACAACCAAUCUGGUGUGCUCGACGGUAUUGGUUGCAGACUGUAGAUAUUCGUAUGCAGAUUGUGCACAAGGAGUGGACGUGGCUUGUGCGAAGUACAGAAGCCGAUAUCAAAGCUUGGGUCAGUAAAAACCGAUUUUUCUCAACCAAGGAUUUGGAGACCACCCAGCAUAAUCGCCUGGGGGAAUUGCUUGAUCGGGCUGUGGAGAAGAUCGAGCUGUUACGAAAGCUCAAUGAGAACCUCGGAAACUCAAUCCGAGCAUGGGAUCGGUUCAACGGCGACAGGAAUUGCUUCUCUGAUCUGCAGGAAGCUUCGGCUAUAUCAGCUCUGACUAGCCACAAGAGGAUCCUCGAAUGCCUGGUCGACCUAAAACGAAAGCUGCAAACCUUAGAGAAGACUUGCGAGAAGGCCGAGAAGAUUCUCACGCUCUCCAUGGGGAAGAAGAUCAACAAUGAGAGCCAGGCACUCAGUCUUCGGUCCCAUGCAGUCAAUCUUGAGAAAAUCACUAUUACUCAAGAGACAGCCAAGCUCAAUCGUCAGAGUACAGCUGCAGCAGUCGAGUCGAGUCGUACCACACGCAUCAACAUGCAGAUGUUCUUGAUCACCACCCCCGUCAUACUAGCUCUGCAAUAUUUUGGUGCAGAGAAAGACAUCUUCUCGUUCGAGCGCAACCCCAAAACCUUUAGCUACACUGUCUGUGUAUUAUUUUUCGCCCUACCCAUCCUGACCUAUGCUCUUAGCUUGCUCAAUCGAACCUGGGAUAACUUGAUUCGAAGGAUCUUUGGCAAAACUGGACCUGAAGACAAAGAAGGUGCUGUCAGUGAGUACACAACUGUACCGCAUGCCCAGUCGUAACAGCUGAUGAUUCCACAGUUGUUUAG